AUGACUAUCCCAUCCGAUCCUCUGUCGGGGUACGUGAAUCACCUCACCCAAAGCCAAGAAGCAAAACUACGAGAGUUAUGGAUCCUCUUGUUUACUUCAGCAGCUUCUGUGCUGUCUGCUGUCUACGACGUUCCGAUCCCACAAGGCUCGCCUCAUCAUCUCUUUGAGGCUCUAGACAGUAUCGAGGAACCGUCUGUGGAUGCAAUCUUAGCGGCAUUAAAUAAAAAGGAGCCUGCUUCAUCGGCUGCAAAAGAUUUGUCGAUUUCAGACGCAAAUGGUGAAAACAAAGAACAAAAAGCCCUUGACAAGAUGGAGUCUCUGAUCAACAAAGAGGCCGAAAAAAACAUCCAGUCGGAGAUGGCUUCACGGAAGGUGACACCGGAACAUUUUUCUGCACUAUUUAACCAGCUUCGAGAUAUGGGCGUUUCCGAGUCGGACAUUCGAUCCAUGGAAGCAAUCCUGUCCAAGCUUGGCCCAGAGGAGAUGGUCUUUGCGGUGUUGAAAAUGAUCAAACAGGAGCACCCUGAUGCCCUGCUCCUCCGUUUUUUACGAGCCAGAAAAUGGGAUGUUGGAAAAGCCUUUGCAAUGAUGACUUCGGUAAUUUUAUGGCGAAAGACAAUCGGAGUUGAUGAUGAUAUCAUGCCCAAGGGCGAGCUUUAUGCUCUGCAACAAGCCGAAGAUGAGAAACUCAAUUCUGCUGCGCAGAAGGAAGGAAAAGAUUUCAUUGCACAAUUUGAGAUGGGCAAGAGCUAUCUCCAUGGAUUUGAUAAACAGGGCAGACCUAUUGGUGUUGUGAGAGUUCGUCUGCAUAAGCCUGGAGCUCAAAGUCAGAAAACUCUUGAGCGGUAUAUUGUCCAUACCAUCGAGACCACGCGGAUACUGGUGACUCCUCCAGUGGAGACAGGUGAAUAUUCACCAGUCAAGUUUAUCAUAAAAUGUUUUGAAGCCAAUUACCCUGAGUCAUUGGGCAUACUUCUUAUCCAUAACGCACCAUGGAUUUUCUCUGGAUUUUGGAAAAUCAUACACGGUUGGAUGGACCCCGUAGUGGCCUCCAAAGUCCAUUUUACCCGAUCAGUCGAGGACCUGGAGAAAUUCAUUCCUCGAGAGAAUAUCCCCAAAGAGCUGGGUGGGGAGAAGGACUGGGAAUACGAGUAUGUCAAGCCAAAGCCAGACGAAAAUACGGUCAUGCAGGAUACAAAGACCCGGGAUGCGCUAAUGUUCGAGCGGAUGAUGAUCGGUCUGCGGCUACUAGCUGCAACAGCGGCAUGGAUUUCUGCCACGACAUUUUCGGAGAAAGAAGAUGAAAAGACGGUGAAGGAAUUGAAAUCCAAGAGAGAGGCAAUUGUUGAGGAGUUUCAGAGUAACUACUGGAAACUGGACCCAUAUGUUCGGGCACGAGCAUUGAUUGACCGCACUGGGGUUCUUGGGCCAGAUGGGACUGUUACCACCUAG